AAACAAAAUCGGGACCCAAUUAGAUCAAAUCGGAUCUAAAAAUCGGCGGCACCCGUAACUAUAAAAAACCCGACCGCCGGCGACGGCGAUCCAGAUCUGAACAUCAGAUUACUCCAAAAUGGGAGUUGUAAUAGAAAGCCAAGUUUGGGAAAACAAUCAGCAGCCACUCUCAAUAUUCAUAUUUAUAUCAUGUUUACUUUCAAUCAUUUUUUUACCUCAAAAUAAUUCCUCCAGGAUUUCCUCUGUUUUUGAUCAAUCAUUUUCAUCUUCUUUUCUUCGCUUUCAGAGACAUUUUAUCUUCAUUUUCUCUCUCUCUUCAGUGAUGGAAGGAAUGUGGUCAGUGUUUGGGGAAUACGAGAUGGCGUAUUUCGGUUUAAGUAAGGAUCAAAUGGUGUCGAGCCUUGUCGUUGGUUCGGCAUCUGCAUUAUUUGCUGGGACUUGCUUAGGGAUGCUGUCUGACUUAAUAGGUAGAAAAAAAGUUUGCUUGAUGUUUUGCAUGCUGCACCUUGUUAUUUCUGUUUGCAAGAGACUUUUUUCACAUCCAAGCAUUUGGUUAGCAAGCAUUUGCCUUUCUAUAGCCAGUUCAAUAUAUUCUUUUGGUUUCGAGACGUGGAUGGUGGUUGAGCAUGACAAGCUAGGCCACAGGUUAGAUUCGUUGAAUGAAAUGUUUUGGUUAAUGACCUUCCUUGAGUCUGCAUCUUUAAUUGGCAGCCAAGUGCUUGUAAAUUGGUUGGUCGGUAGUGACAUUGAGAGGAACAUGUUUACUCCUUCAACUGUUACUGCAUUAUUGGCACUUGUCAGUAUCAUUUCCAUAGCACAAGAAUGGAGAGAAUCUCCACCUUCAACAUUUAAGGAGUAUCAUGUGUCACUAAAUACACAUAUUUUCUCUGAUAAAAGAAUAUGGUUAUUGGGCUGGGCACAAUCUUGCGUUCAGUUCUCUGUUGUAGCAUUUUGGAUAUUAUGGGCCCCAACUAUAGUGGCUGAUGGUCGAGAAGUUAAUCUGGGCGUGAUAUAUCCUUGUUUGUCGGGAGCUAAAAUGUUAGGAAGCACAAUUUUUCCAUGGUUCAUUAAUGGACCAUUACCCCUCAGAACCGAGGAUUGCCUAGUAUAUGCAUUCAUUAUAGCAGGGCUAGCUCUGUCAAUAGUAGCUUAUGAUUAUCAGGAAAUUGGAAUUCUUGUAGGACUCUUUUGUAUGUUUCAUGCUUGUGUUGGCCUCAUUUUACCUUCUUUAGCCAGAUUGAGAACUUUGUAUGUGCCAAAUGAGCUGCGUGGAGGAAUGAUUAGCCUGUCUCUAGCUCCCGCAAAUGCUGCAAUUCUUUUCUGCCUGAUCCAGAGAGGUUACAAUGGGAGCAUUGAAAAUUCGACUAUCAUAGCAUUUGGUGCAAUUGCAUUGUUCUCUGCAGCUGGUUGUAUGCAUCUCUUGAAGCAAUCCGGUAAACAGUCACCCCGUCAGAACUUUCAUAAACAUUAGAUGCACCUUGUAUACUCAACACCAACGCAUUUUGGUGCAACCUGUCCAAAAUCAAUUGCGAAAAAGAUGGAUCCAGCUUGAAGGUUGAAAGUUGUGAUGUUGAACCAGCAUAUACCUGGCUGGUAAACCAAAGAGAAAUUGAUAUUUUUUCCCAGGUGAGAAGUUUUGUGAAUAUAUAGAUGCCAUUCAGGUCAAUUAUCAAAAGCAAAGUACCUGUCCCCAAGUUUUUCUAUUCGGUAUCAAAAGCAAGGAUUUGAAGUGUAUUAUUAUUGUAUAUUCGAGAAAGUUAGAAGGCACCAGAUAAGAUGCCUGAAAGUUUUUGUAUCACCAAACUGCAGUUAGAGAAUUUUAUACUGUUCAUGGAGGUUGAAAUGUGGACAACGUACAGUUUGCUGCUUCUUUUUUGGACCAAUUCUCACCACCAUUGUAAUUAACACUAUUCAUAUGGAUGUUAUAUGGUUAAUGACUUGAAGAAUAGUCAAACUGUCAUGUAUUCGACAAAAAAGAAGUAAAGAACCUACUUAUAUGUGCGUAUACCUGGCAUUACUAUUAUAAUGCCAAAAUAAGCCAAUCACUUGUAUCAAAUUAUUCCAGCAAAGAUGUAACAAAUUUUAUUUAUUUAUUUAUUUUUAGAGCGA